AGGUGUUUAAUCUAAAUGAGGUGUUUUGUUUUCAACAGGGUCCUCUAUGUCCUAUUGGCCCAGGUCCUCCUGGUCCAGGUCCAGCUGGCCCCAUGGGUCCUUUCAAUCCCGGACCAUACCCUCCUGGCCCCCCAGGGGCACCAACACACCCAGGCCCCCCACCUCCACCACCACCUCAUCAAUAUCCUCCACAGGGGUGGGGCAGCACAUACCCACAAUGGGGACAGCCUCCAACUCAACAUGACCCCACAAAACCUCCAGCCCCCACAGAUCCCAGUGCUGCUUGGGCUGCAUAUUACUCACACUACUACCAGCAGCCCCCGGCUCCUGUCCCAGGACAACCGCCUGCUGUCCCUGUACCCCCACCCCAGGGAGAACCUCCUCAACAGCCUCCACCUGCCAGCCAGCCUGAUUACACAAAGGCAUGGGAGGAAUACUACAAAAAGAUGGAUCUUCAGGAGGGAACAAGAGGACCUCUCGGAUGUGGGACUGAUCAUGCUGUCGUUCAGCUUGCAGGGCAAACAACUCCACAGCCUGCAGGGCAGCCAGAUUAUACAAAAGCAUGGGAAGAAUAUUACAAGAAACAAGCUCAAGUAGCAACCCCAGGAGCUCCUGCAACUGCUGCAGCAGCAGCACCAACUGCUCCACCCACAGCACAGCCGGAUUACAGUGCAGCAUGGGCGGAAUAUUACAGACAGCAGGCAGCAUACUAUGGACAAGCACCAGGAGCUCCACCAACACAGCCCCCGCCGGCACAGCCAGGACCACAGGCCCAGUGAAUGUUAUAUACCCCCUCACUCAUUACCAGUCUGUUAAAGAGGGCCUCUGCUGCUGAUGUCAUUGAGGGGGAGAAGCCGUUUUGAAGAGUCGUCUGGUCGUUUUUUGUUUUUAUUUUUUUUAAGGACCUUUUCUUCCUCUCCCCUUCCCAGUUUUCAUGUAUUAAAAACAAAAAAGCAGCCAAGUGGUGCCUGUUCCAUCAGCUACAGGUUUAGAAAUUUUAGGACUAAUCUCAGAUCAUCCAAAUGCCCCCUCCCCAACAAACACACGGUUUUAUCCGCUGCAACUUUCAGUGAGGAACUUUAUUUUAUUUUUAUUUUUUUAAGUAAUGAGAUUACUGCCCUAUGACCCUGUGCUUUUAGUUAGUUGAACAUUCCCUGGUGAUACCCCCCAAGCCUCUCACCGGUCCCUCCCCCUGCAGCUGGGGAGUUCGUCAGCCGGUCCCUCCCAUGGCUGGGGGGGUCGUGAUGUGUUGUCUGUUCAGAGACAUGGAAACUGUACGCUGAGUUUUUACUUUUUAUUGCCUGUUUUUAACUUCACAAUAAACAAUGACAAAACUC